GAAAGAUGGGAACUUUGGAAUUGUGGUGGGGAUGAGAAGGGGAGAAGGAACUCUCUGUGACUAGGAAACAACUACCUCUUCAACUCAGAGCUCUUUUCUGAGUUUGUUUGUUAUAUUGCAGUUGCAGAUAGCUUUUUAUGGGUUUAUGCAGAAACUAGUGUCUGAAUAAACCGAGAAAAAAAUAAAUAAAAAACUCCAAGAAUCUUCACACAGUGAGUUCUUCUUAUUCCUUUUUCUUUUCUGUUGCUUUUUCUGGGUCUCAGAAACUGGAUUGCUCCUUGUAUUGUGAAGUGAAAUGCUUGAAUUCUCAAUUGGAAUCUUGACUACUCGGAUUUGAAGGCCGGACGCUCAAGAAUUGAAUUCUUGCCAAGAUUAAUGAGCUUUGGAACCUACUGGUUGGGGGAUAAUCCGGAAAGUGAGGCUUCUGCAAUGGAUGAUGGUGUUCUGUCACCAGCUACCAUGUUGGGAGCUCAACCUGAUUCCGCUACGGAUUUAGAUUUCAUGGACGAACUCUUCUUGGAGGGAUGCUGGUUGGAAACCACACAUGGACCUGAGUUUCAUAAUCAGAGCCUUCCCAGUACCGCUGCCCCCUUGAACCCCUCGUUUUUUUGGCAUACGUUGGAGACCAAUGGCAAUAUGGCCAUGAACACGUCUCACAGCAGUAAUCAAGAGGAGAUGCAAAGACCAUUCCUUAAACAACUCGUAGAAGGUCCUGUGAAUCCUCAGUCUCCUAGAGAGAAUAUGAUAAAAGAUGCUGUGGCGUACUCUGGUCAAUCAGUGGAUCCUACAAUUGAAGGUCGUGAAUUUAGCAGAAGGUGGUGGAUUGGUCCCACUGGAAAUGAAGGUUUUGCAUCAUCUGUGACGGAGAGAUUAAUGAGGGCUCUCGUGAACAUUGGAGAGGUCAUGAGAAACGAAGAUGUUCUUGUACAAGUAUGGGUGCCAGUGAAUAGAGGGGGUAGACAUGUUUUAACAAUGAAUGAUCUUUUCUAUCUUGAUUCUAGCUGUUCCAGGCUUGCUAAAUAUCGAGACAUCUCUGCUAAAUACCAGUUCGCAACUGGGGAGGAUUCAACAGAAAUGGUUAUGGGGUUGCCUGGCCGGGUUUUCUCAGGUAAGAUUCCUGAGUGGACUCCUGAUGUUCGAUACUUUAGACAUGAUGAAUAUCCACGGGUUGGCCAUGCUCAACAGCAUAAUGUAAGUGGAACUCUAGCCCUUCCCAUCUUUGAACAAGGUAGUAGGACUUGCUUGGGCGUUAUUGAGGUUGUUACGACCGACCAGAAGAUUAAAUAUCAACCUGACAUUGACAGCGUUUGCAAGGCACUUGAGGCUGUUGAUCUUCGAAGUUCUAGAAAUUUGAGUACUCAAAAUGUAAAGCAGGGGUGUGGCAAUCCCUUUCACGCUGCGUUACCCGAGAUCCAAGAGGUCUUGAGAUCUGCAUGCGAGACGCACAAGUUGCCCUUGGCACAAACCUGGAUGUCAUGCGUCCAACAAGGUAAAGAUGGGUGCCGGCAUUCUGAUGACAACUACGUCCACUGUGUUUCAACUGUGGAGCAUGCUUGUCAUGUGGCUGAUCCUUGUAUCCAGAGUUUUCAUGAAGCGUGCUCUGAACAUCACUUGCUAAGAGGCCAAGGCAUCGUUGGGAGAGCUUUUAUGACCAAUCAGCCAUGCUUCUCAGAUGACAUAACUUCCUUUGUCAAGACAGAGUAUCCUCUAUCUCACCAUGCCAGGAUGUUUGAUUUGCAUGCAGCUGUUGCAAUACGUCUGCGGAGCAUUGACACUGGUUCAACUGAUUUUGUCCUGGAGUUCUUCUUGCCAGUGGAGUGCAGGGAUCCUGAAGAACAGGAAAAGAUGCUCACAUCACUGUCCUUGGUUAUGCAACAGACAUGCCGGAGCUUACGGGUUGUCACAGACAAGGAAGUUGAGGAGGAAACUAAUUUUCAUGUCAGUGAGGUGAUAGAUCGGUCAGAGCCCGGACCAAGUAAUAUUGCUUGUUUCACAGAGGUCCAACAGAAUGGUAAGGAUGUCUCAAUGUUCCCAAACCAAAAACCACGCAAGGUGCUGAGUGUGAAAUUGUCGAAGUUAAGGCAGCAUCAAGAAGAUUCAAACCUAAAAGGUGGUGUUGAGUGUGGACAAGAGUUUUCUGCUCUAGGUGAGGGUAGCUUUUCAAGUGUUGGUGUGAGUAAGACAAGAGAGAAAAGACGUACCAAGGCAGAAAAAGAUAUCAACUUGCAAGUUCUUUGCAAAUAUUUUUCCGGUAGUCUAAAAGAUGCUGCAAAGAGUAUUGGAGUCUGCUCCACAACCUUGAAAAGGAUAUGCAGACAACAUGGGAUUAAGCGUUGGCCAUCUCGAAAAAUCAAGAAGGUUGGUCACUCUUUACAGAAACUCCAACUUGUAAUCGACUCAGUUGAAGGCGCAUCUGGUGCUUUCCAGAUCAACUCUUUCUAUACGAACUUCCCAGAGCUAACAUCUCCAAAUUUAUCGGGGACCAGCCCAUUUUCAAGUUCAAAGCUGAGUGAUCAACCAAAGCAGACAAACUUGUCACCCAAAGGUGGUGUUUUGAGCCCCCAAGCUACCGCAUCAAAAUCUCCGCCAUCUUCAUGUUGUCAGAGUUCCAGUUCAAGCCAAUGCUGUUCCAGCAGGACACAGCAAUGUCCCUUCUCAUGUAACAUUGCUGGUAAUGAUGAUCCAGUUGUUGGAGAUAAGUCAAGAGAUAGUGUGCUAAAGAGGGUCAGACGUGAGGCAGGAUUGCAUGCUUUUGGCCAAGAUCGAGCGGAGCUACUGCCAAGAUCCCAAAGCCAGAAACUUCUCUGCGAGCAACGAAAUCUGCAGUCUAUUCCACAUUCACUGAAAAAUAAUGGCCGGGUAGCUCAAGAAAGCAAGGUUCAAAGAGUAAAAGUUGCAUAUGGGGAUGAGAAAACCCGCUUCCGCAUGCAGAGUAAUUGGAGACAUGAAGAUUUGGUGCAAGAAAUCGCAAAGCGAUUUAGCAUACAAGACAUGAGUACAUAUGAUAUAAAAUACUUGGAUGAUGACUCGGAGUGGGUCUUGUUAACAUGUGAUGAUGAUUUAGAGGAGUGUGUUGAUGUGUGCCGAUCUUCAGAGAGCCGCACAAUUAAGCUCUCUCUCCAGAUAUCUCGUCAUCACUUGAGAGGUUGAUAGGUAGACCGUCAUGAUAGUAAGAUGUUUGUCUGAGUUUGCAAGCACUGAAGUAGCAGAAGUCUGCAGUCAAUAAAGUGGGGAUGCAUCCGUUAGUUUUAGUAGGGAUGUUGAAACCUUGCUUCAUAGAUCGCUGCUCCGAGCAUAUGAAAUCUUCGCAAUGUAAAGAUGGAAGUUUUGCGUCGUGCAGAAUUAAACGAAAGGAUGGUGGAAAGGAACAUCUGGGAUCUCCAUCUGAAACUGCAGCAGCUUGAAUGUAUUUUGUUAGUCUAGUAGCUAGCAGUUAGUGACUUAGUGUAUUCCUAAUUUUUUCUUUUCCUUUUGUUAAUUACUAGUGGAUAGUUGUCUGUGUAUUUACAUAAUUUUUGCCAGUUAAAACAGUGCUGUUUAUAUA